ACAUUGCAUAAUGGACAUGCGGUUUGGAAUUCUAUUUCUUAUAGGUCUGGUCGCCAGCGAGUGCCCGGAUGGCUGGUUGUACUACCAGCACUCCUGUUACAUGUUCGGUCAUUCCUCACACACCUUCAUGGACGCUGUGAAAUAUUGUGAACAUUUCAACGCCACAAUGCUCAACGUUAACACCCGAGAAGAGCAAAACUUCCUCAAAAGUUUCAUGUCGAAUCUUAAAGAGCAUUACUACUGGAUUGGUUUGACCGACGAGGUAAUCGAUGGUGUAUGGAGGCUGUAUCCCUCGGAACAGCCAUCCCGUGUGUUCGAUUGGUACGCGGGAGCGGGCGAGCCACAAGGGGGAACUGUAGAAAACUGUGUGCAUGCUCAACCUGGUUAUGGUUACCAAUGGGCUGAUGUCUCGUGCUCCAGUACUGCAUCAGUCGUUUGUGAAAAGGACAGCAGCUCGAACGGAGUACAGGUAAUCGGGAGAGACAUACAGGCCAAAGAAAGAGAAUAGUUGUGUUGUUACAAAUAGGGAAUAAAUAAGAGCUACCACU